AUGACCAUGGCCUCCGUGAGCCUGGUGGGACAGCCGCCCCAGCCCCACGCCUUAACCCAGGAACCACAGCUGCAUUUCGGCGUCAAGAAAUCAUUACUCGCGCGCAAGACGUCGUGGGAGAAGAUGGUAUUCAGACGCAGCUCAGUCGGGGAUCCCGGUGCCAAAUCGCCGCCACAGUCUACAGCAGUCACGCCGGGUAGACUGGAAGACAACGCACGCCAAAUCAUCUCCAAUAAUCACGCGUUAUUGAAGCGACCCAUGGAAGUAAUAGUCGCGAAUGGACAUGGCACCAGCGAGACCAGGGGAGCGUGUAGGAAAUCCUCCCCGCAGACCGUCACUGCAAACGGGCAUUCUCAGAGCAGCCACAGAGGUAUAAGUGGAAGUAGUAAUAAUAGUAGUAUACCAAUUUUAGAGCGGCUUACGCAGGGGAAAACUGGAGUGGUGAAGCUGGCGCGCACGGAGCCACACAGGAGGCAGGCUUGGACCAUCUUCCCCGCGUCCACCGGUGAGGGCUCCCGCGGAGAAGGGCACCGGUUUGAGGCCAAAGCCGUGAGACAGGACUGGUGCGACGCGUGCAACUGCCAGGUCCAGACGCAAGCGCUCAAGUGCCAAGUGCCAAUAGGGUCCUCUGCAGCCGGAGCGAUCGUGUUGCGGCUGCAGUUUUACCGUUCCCUCAGCAGCCGCCUCCGUCUGCAGCGUGUGACUCCAGCCGCUGUCUCCAACUGCAUUCUGUCCAAGGCUUUCCAUGUGACAAACCAGGAGAUACAGAUGUAG